AUGCUACCUCGGCCUACCUUGACCUUGGUGAACGAGCAGAAAGCCAGAAUUCAGGGCCAGUGGGUUGUUGUUGCAGAAAGGUUCCCUACUCUAGGCUAUGAGGAAUAUCUCCGGUCUUGGUUGAUUAUGAAUACACGCACGUUCUACCAUUCGACGCCGGAGACUGAGUCGUACGAGUGGGUAGAACGUAUUGGUCUUCUCCCUGUAGCCGAUCUUCUCAACCAUGCGGAAAGAGGAUGCAAAGUGCUCUACACCGAUACAGAGUACACCAUUACAACAGAUCGAGUUUACAAUGCCGGCGAUGAGAUUUGUAACUCUUACGGUGAACACACCAAUGACUUCCUGCUUGGAGAGUACGGUUUCAUUCUUUUAACGAACUGUUGGGACGAGAUAUGCGUUGACGACGCCAUCUUGCCUCAAUUAAGUCAAGUCCAAAAGUCAAACCUUGAGAAGGAGAAUCUUACCAAAGGUUUCAAAAUCGGAAACGACAGGGCACCUUGCGAUAGAACAAGACGUGCAAUGCAGAUAUUGUGCCGGAAAAAGGGAGACAAUCUGAAAACCAACCGGAAGGAAAACAAUGAAAAUUACCUCGAGCCUGAACAUAGCGCACUACUGGCCGCUUAUCUCGAGGGUUAUAUGGCCACGAUCGACAAGACUAUGGAUGGUAUUGAGGAGAUGAAAAAUGUGGAACGUGGUCAGAAGGAACUUUUGCUCCAGAGAUGGCGGCAAAUUCGGACUGCAGUUUCGGAGGCUACUGACCAGCUCGAGAAUACCACAUCCGUCCAAUAA